CACGUGUGUUUGAGAUUGAAAUGUAAAGAGAUUUUACGUGGAGCUUUUAGAGAAUAAAUAAAUAAUUGAUUUCACAUCCUCCUUUAUAGUUUAAAGAUGAAGAAUUUAUCACACGCGAAAAUGAGGCUCAUAUUCCAGAAGCUAAUGAAGUACAUUGGCAAUAACAUAAAGAGCUUUAUUGAGCGGCCAGAUGGUCCUUACCACUUUCGGGAGAAAAAGGACAGGGUAUAUUAUGUGUCGCAGAAAAUUUUAUCGAUAGCGAAUAACAUAGAAUCUGAUAAUCUGUUAAGUUUAGGCACUUGUAUAGGCAGAUUCACAAAAUCAGGAAAGUUCAGACUACAUAUCACUGCGUUACACCAUAUAGCACCUUAUGCACAACACAAAAUUUGGGUAAAACCUUCGGCGGAGCAACAGUUCCUUUAUGGAAAUAACAUUAUGAAAUCAGGCCUUGCUCGUAUAACAGAAGGCAUUAAUCAAUAUCAAGGUGUCGUCGUAUUUUCCAUGAAUGAUUUGCCACUGGGAUUUGGCGUUGCUGCAAAAAAUACAGCUGAUUGCAAACAUGCAGAUCCUGUAGCAAUAAUUUGCUUUCACGAAGCAGAUAUUGGAGAUUACAUUCGUUCAGAAGACACAUUACUGUGACAAAGAUUUACAACUGUUCUUUCCUUUUUUUAAGAAAACGAAAUAUACCUAAUUUGUACAGCAAGUUUACUUAUUUUUUGCGUCUUAUAAUUUAGAUGUCUGACUUGUGUAAUAUUACGUAUAUUGAUGAGUUAAUAAAGUUGAGAGUUGCUUGUGUACAUUGACGUAUAAUAUGUGUAUAUAAUACACUCCAAUCAUGGCACGAAACAUUGCAUUUGUUUGUAAAACAAAAGAUUACGGUAGAUUAUAUUUUAUCUCCAUAUUUUUCUAUAAUCUUAUUACAAGCGAAC